UGUUAAAACUUAGGGUAGAUGUAAGGAAGGACUCUCAGCUACUACCAGGCUAAACUUUAGCUCAUUGUCAGUGAGUUUGACUGAGUCAUAGCUGUUUGUGUGUUUGUCACACUCGAGUAGCUGUGGCGGCCAUUUUGAACUGGGUCAUGUCCCAAAGUAAGUUUUCAGAUGUUCAUGAUGAUCACUUCCUGAGUUUCAUUAAAGUCAACUUGUUCAUGAAAUAUUUUGCUAACAGACAGACACGGCUGAAGUUUUUUAUCACCUAAUCUGAUAGAUUUUAUUUAAAUCCUAAUUUGUUCUUUGUCUUUGCUUUAAGAAGGUGAGUUUUUGAAGGCUCAGUUCCAGGUUGGGGUUUUCCGUGUUGCACCUGAACGCAGCACCAACAUGUUUGGACUCCAGGGACGUUCAGGGAUUCUGUUUCGGUCAGAGACCGCAGCUCCUGCAGGGGCAACGUGCUAUUUAUAAUGAUGACCACCGAGCUAAAAAAAAAAAAAAACACCAGUCCGGAGGGUCUUAAAGGGACAUGAAACAGAUUGACUCUGUCCCUCAGACACCAAACUGUCCCCAAAGUCCCGCUGUCUACAGGACAUCUUUUAUUUGAAGAUAAAUUAUAGUUUUUAUUAAACUUAUUGAGUUUUUAAACAUUCGGGAGAUGAUUUGAAUUAUGCUGCUCCCUUGUGGACAAAUCGCGGUAUUACACAUUGAACGUCAAAAAAAUUAAACUAUUUUUGUCUGUUAGCAAAAUAUCURUUGAACCACUCGAUAGAUUUGAAUAAAACUUUAAGGAUUCAACCACUGUAUAAACACCUACAACUGWUUACGUUUUGGAGUCAAUCUGAUUCAAGAUGGCCGCCACAGCUAAUCAAACUCAUAAAAAGCACAAACUCUUAUAACUCAUUCAUUUUUACAUGUUUUGAGCUAAAACUUAGUGUGGUAGUAGUUCAGAGUGAUCCUCAACACAUAACUUGAGGGCACGUGUUGGGGUGUUUACAGCUGUGUUUAACACUUAGGAUUAACAGUCAUGGUCAACCAAGUCUGUCUGUUAGUAAAAUAUCUCUUGAGCACAGAGACAGAUUUAAAUGAAACUUGUAGGAAGUGAUCAUCAGAUGAACGGCUACAAUGGAUUAACGUUUGGUCUCAAUGUGAACACUGCAUUGAAUCAAACUUAUACAAUGUUUUUAAAGUUUGUGAGUUUAACCCUCCUGCUGCCCUGGGGUCAAACAGGCCUCAGGGUGGUUUUAGGGGUCAAAGGGCAGCAGACGGGUGAAACUGUAAAAUAAUGUCUCAGAUUGUUCAACAGAUCAUCCUGCAGGGUUUGUGCUUCUGAACCAGGAAGUGACUCUGAUUUCACUUUCAUUUCGAGGCAGCAGAAUCCAAACCAGCUGGACCAGAACCGGUGGAUCCUGUUCAUCUAGUGUCGUCUCGCUGCUGUUUGGACUUUCGUUUGUUUUUGUUUAUUUGCCAUGGGGGAGUCGCUCCCAGGGGGGUCAGCUCAGCACAGACCGGUUCGGACCCUCAGGGUGAAGAUGGUCCUCCUGGGGAGCUCUGGAGUGGGGAAGUCCAGCUUGGCUCUGAGGUUCAGCAGAGACCAGUUCAGGAACUCGUCUCCGACUGUGGGCUGUGCAUUUUUAACACGAAUGUUGCUUUUAAGUGACGUCACAUUUCGUCUGGAAAUCUGGGACACGGCGGGUCAGGAGAAGUACCACAGUGUGACCCCGCUGUACUACAGAGGGGCCCACGCUGCGCUGGUGGUCUACGACAUCAGCCAGAGGACCACCUUCAGUCGGGCUCAGGUUUGGAUCAGAGAGCUGCAGAAACAGUACAUCCCAGGUUCUACAGUCAUGUGUCUGGUGGGCAACAAGACAGACCUGGACCAGGACCGUCAGGUCCCAGCUCAGGAAGGACAGAAAGUAGCCGAAGAAAACGGUUUGAUGUUCACCGAGACUUCGGCUCUGUCAGGAGAUCAGGUCAACGAGCUGCUGCUGGCUGUGGCCCACAGGGUCUACGAGUGCGUGGGAGGGCAGCAGGAGGUUCUGUCAGAGUGGCAGGAGGCCCCGUCGGUCCACCAGGUCCACAGGAACCACUACAGUCCAGUCGCCUCCUGCUGCAGACUGGGACCCUGACCCGGGUUCUGGUUCUGGUUCUGGUGUUUCUUCUUGUGUAAUAAAUGAAAAGGAAACUGAGUCUGGAA